UCUGAAGGAGGUCCCAUAGAUCCCUAGGGCGUGUGCAUUGGAAUGCAUCCCUGGGCAGUGCAGUCCUGUGGCUGUCUACUCAGAAGUAAGUCCUAUGGAGUUCAGUGGAGCUUACUCCCAGACUUGGCAUCCCAUCUUAGGAAGGAUCAGUUGUGCUUCCCCAGCUCUGCACUGAAUCCAAAAUGGAUAUUGGAGGAGGAGGCUGUGGCCGGAUUUCGUAUGAUGACUAUCCCGUGGUGUUCCUGCCUCCCUAUGAAAGCCCCCCUGCCUGGAUUCCUCCUCAUGAGAGAAUUUAUCAUUCCGAUUAUAACAACGAGCUGACUCAGUUCCUGCCUCGGACCAUUGUGUUGAAAAAGCCUCCGGGGGCUCAGCUGGGCUUUAAUAUCCGAGGAGGAAAAGCAUCCCAGCUGGGGAUCUUCAUCUCUAAGGUGAUCCCAGAUUCAGACGCACAUCGAGCCGGAUUGCAGGAAGGAGACCAGGUCUUGGCAGUUAAUGAUGUUGACUUCCAGGAUAUUGAGCAUAGUAAAGCUGUGGAGAUCUUGAAAACUGCUCGAGAGAUCAUUAUGAGGGUUCGUUUCUUCCCUUAUAAUUACCAGAGGCAGAAGGAGAGAACUGUUCACUAGAAACCACUUCUGAGCUUUCAGUCUUCUCUUUGCAGAGAGUUCUGCAGCCUCCAGACAGAUUAUUCUUUCUUUUUUUGUAAUUUUGUUCCAAGGUUGCAAGGGACCUGAAUUAUUUCUUUCACAAGCACCUCCUUGGGACCGGAGGGGGGUGAUUGUUGUGCAGAACCUCUUUUUUGAUUGACUCAGUAGAGCUGAGUACCUUGCACAGAAGGACAUUUUUUAAAAGUUUAUUUUCUUCUGCUUUGUGCUGUGAAGCAAGGGGCAAAGUGAGGUGGAAGGAGUGGGGGCUUCAGCCAGUUCCCUGGACCAGGAAUAAUGGAGGUAGAUCUGCUGAAGACAACCUUACCUGAAUUCAUCCCCUGGCCCAGAGGGACAUUUUAUUCCAAGGGAUUGCUUCUUUCACAGUUGUUUCCUCUAAAAGAGGAGGAAGAGGAACAAUUUGCAUCAGGACCCAAACAAGCAAAUUGAAGGCUGUUUCUGAGCUGAACCCUCCUUUUGGGUAGAGGGAGGGGGCCGUGGUAGUGGUUUGGGGUACAGUCCAGUGUGAAUAUCUGCCUUAAACCAUAUUGAAGUGAAUGGGAUAUGUCCCCUUCCGUGGCACUGAUGCUUGUUUGGGGGGCAGUGGAUUCGACAUGGGCUAUACUCUUUUUCUGUUUUAUGAAGACUCGGGGGGUUAGGAAUGUACAUGAUUGAUUGUCAUGGAACAUGGUGUGGGUAGCAGACUUAGUAGCUCUCUUUUAAUGCUGCAUUAAUGCUAGGUAGUAGAUCCUUUUUUCCUGGAGAUAUAAACACCAAUAUAAACAUGCUACAUGUGUUGGUAAGCAUAAAUGUCUUAUAUUUCCCCUUGGCUUCUGACCCCCCCCCAAUAUCUCUCUCUCUCGCUACCUGUGUUGUAUCAAGCUUCUCCUUUUUAUUUCAGCUAUCCCUAUUGCAAAUGUCACUCGCACAAUCACACACAGGCAACAAAUAAAUAAGUAGAUUUUGCUUUUUUUAAAAAGCAACAAGCCAACCUGAAGUGUUUCAGAUUACUGUGGAAGUUGCUGGUAUCCUUUCCUUCCCAAUGUUAUCAUGCCCAUUCCAAGCUGUGGGUAUAUUUGUAGUCCUCCUCUGCCCUCUGCAGCUGGGAGCUGUGCUUUUUGCAUUUGGCCCAGGCAGAAUGCUGUGAGUCCUGUCCCCAAGUCACAGUCCCCUGGCUUCUGUGCGGUGGGGGCAAAACAAGUCCCCAUGGCAAUGAAGUCUGUUUAGCUUUUGUUUGGAGAGACUUCCUCUUGGGAGCCUCACCUAAGCAUAGUCGUUAAACCUUUGUUUGGGUUUCUGCUGAUCACAGCAGGAUAUCUUGCCUGCUUCUACUUGUUUCUGCUUAGCUCUUGUGCAGAAGGGGGUCUUUUUAAAAAAAAAAGGGGGAAGAGAAGUUAAUUAACUUGAGUUUCAGCCUCUUACAGGCGAUGAGGCAAAGGAGUUUACACAGAGAGAGAGAGAGAGAGAUGUUAGCUCAGAAAAGCUCUUCCUCCUGUUGCAUUAGCUUUGAGUGUGGAUCCCUAUGAAAGGUGGAAAGGAGGUUCUUGUCUACGGAAUGGGAAAAUAGAAAUAGGCUUGGGUCACCUGAUACUUUCAGCUCACAGAAUUGUCGAGAUUGGAACAGGCUUUAAUACUCUGAAGUGCUUGUUCUGAUUUGUGCUAUAUGGCGCCUUCUGUAUUCAAUGUACAGUUCCCAUGGAGGCAGUACUCUGUUCUUAUGUGCUGGAUACUUUAUCAGAGGCCUCUUUUGUGGGGGAAAAGCCUCAGUAAAAUGUUACUAUUGCAA